AUGCUACAUAGUAAUCUUGAUUUUAACUUUCUGGUGACGCCAUUAACGGCGCUGAAAUUUGCGGAAUUGUCGGCACGAGCAGGAAUUCCCCCGGGCGUUAUCAAUAUUGUUACUGGAUCAGGCCCUGAAGUUGGACGUGCCUUAUGUGAACAUCCUGAGGUUCGGAAAGUUGGCUUUACUGGGUCGACCAAUGUUGGGAAACAGGUCAUGAGCAGAGGUGCAGUUUCGAACGUCAAGAAAGUUUCCUUGGAGCUUGGCGGCAAAUCACCAUUGAUCAUCUUUGCGGACACGGAUAUGGAUCGAGCUGUAAAACAAGCAUGUAAUGCUGUAUUUUUCAACAAAGGUGAAAACUGCAUAGCAGCUGGGCGAAUCUUCGUGGCCGCAUCGAUUCAUGACGAAUUUGUAAGCAGAGUGGUUGAGGAAACUCAGAAGCUGGGUGAAAACUGCAUAGCAGCUGGGCGCAUCUUCGUGGCCGCAUCGAUUCAUGACGAAUUUGUAAGCAGAGUGGUUGAGGAAACUCAGAAGCUGGUAAUCGGUGAUCCUCUGGAUCGUGCCACGACACAUGGCCCGCAAAAUCAUCUCACCCAUCUAAACAAAUUGCUGGAUUACGUGCAGCGAGGUGUAACGGACGGGGCACGUUUGGUUUAUGGUGGGAGACGCUGCAGGCGUGAAGGUCUUUUCUUUGAGCCGACAGUUAUGACGGAUGUUGAUGAUGAUAAUUACGUGGCUAAAGAAGAGUCGUUUGGUCCUGUGAUGGUCAUCAGCAAAUUUGACGAUAAGUAA